AUGUUCCAGUUCCUAUCGUCCAAGAGCGCACCGGCCGAUGUGCCCCGUGCCCUGCCGGCAUCAUGGUACCGAGAACCUGCCAUGUACGAGCUGGAAAGACGUGCCAUCUACUCUAAGCGAUGGCUUUUGGUUACGCAUCGCAGUCGAUUUUCUAAGUCGGGCGAUUUUGUUCAGUACAAUGAGGCAGGUUUCUCUUUCUUUCUCUGCCUCGACAGGGAGGGAAACUUGAACGGGUUUCACAACAUCUGUCGCCAUAGGGCGUACCCUGUCGUGACAAAGGACGAGGGCAACGUCAGUAUUCUGUCUUGCAAGUAUCACGGAUGGUCAUAUGGCUUGAGUGGAAAAUUGGCCAAGGCUCCUCGCUUCGAAAAGAUGGAGACAUUUGACAAGGACGCAAACAGCCUGUUCAAGGUGCAUGUGCACAUUGACAAGAGAGGCUUUGUCUGGGUCAAUCUCGAUGGAGGAGACAAGCCGUCUGUUCCUUGGAAAAGCGACUUUGAUGGAGCAGACACACAACCUCGACUUGGCAUCUUCAACAUGGAUGAUUACACCUUUGAUCAUGCGUGGGACAUGGAUGGAGACUAUAACUGGAAGACACUAGUGGACAACUACAACGAGUGCUACCACUGUAGUGUUGCUCACCCUGGUAUCGCUGCAACUUCCAAUCUGACAACCUACAAAGUCGAGACCAAGGGUGGCCAGAUCCAGCACUUUGUUGAGGACAAGAAGGGGAAAGAAUCUGGCCUUGAACCGGCACCGACAUUUUUCUUUCCAAACGCGUCUGUCACCAUGACCACGAAAUACUUUUACCUCAUGCGAGUAGUACCAACUUCAGCAACCACAACAUCAAUGCAGUAUGAAGUUUACCGACACAAGGAUGCCACCGACGAGGAAUUCAAGGCGGUUGACGACUUCUUCAAGCAAGUCGAGUCAGAAGACAAGGGUCUCUGCAACGCGGCCCAGAAGAACCUAAACGCAGGCGUGUACGUCUCAGGAGACUUGAACUCUUUCAACGAAAAGGGUGUGUUGUACUUUCAGAAAAUCCUCAAGGAGGCCGUUGUACAGCAUCGAAAUGAGGAGCAAAAGGCAGGUGGUGAGAUGUGGCCUGCGAGGAGGACGGCGCCAUUGACGAUCCCUAAGACAUCCAUUUCAUCCCACCCCUGUUCCUCCUUGAGCUGCUGA